GGCAGCCUGACCUCUCUGGGCCGGGGGCGGGGUGGGGGUGGGGAGGGAGUUGCCGUGGUGACCGCACAUCGCUCCUUGGCUGAGUCCUAGGGAAAGGCAGUGAGACCCCUCUCCCCCAAGUAUACAUAUUAUAUGUUAACAUAUAGGGAUAAAUAUGCAUACAUAGACACAUAUAAUAUUGUUAAAUAUAAUUUGAAAUUGCUUGGACCAACUUCCGUGACUGCAGAUUUGAGUCGCAGUUCUGUCUGUCGUCACAGAGUUCUUGUUUGCUUAUCAAGGGUCACUUGUGGAAAAACUAUCAUCUACUCUUGCCACUUCCAGGUAAUCUGUCCCCAAAUAUUUAGCUCACAGUCUGUCUCCGGCCUGAAAGAUAAGAACAUUUCGCCAGGUCCAAGGAGUCUGUGGAAGACUUAGGUUCUACUUUCUGUCUUCUGAAACUCCUGUCCUCACCGGGGUGAAGGGCCCACAUCACCUGAACUUCGCCUUCACUUUCGGCUAGAAUCAGAUCAUCUCAGUGCCUUAGCCCUGGCAUCUCGUGCCGACUAGACCUCAUUGUCAGAAAUGUGUGUUCUCUUGUCAUUACCAACAGCUGCCAUUUACGAUUGCAUUAGUUUAUUUAAUCCCUGCACGUGGCCUUAGUUUCAGAGGGUGAGGAGACGGCAUGGGCAGGUUUGACUCAGCCCUGCGUGACCUUAGGUGGGAAACGGAGCUGCGGUUUGUUUGGCUGGGAGGGCAAGGAGCGGCGGGGAGCGGGCCUGGGAGCUGGGGGAGGCCCAGGGGCGACUUGCUGUGCCCGAGUGGGGCCCCGGGGCGCAGAGCUGGCCCUUCCCAGAAGCCCCUGCGCGUCCCGGCUCUGGGAGCCAAGACGCCUCCGCCCUGGUGCGUGCAGGCCCGUCCCGCCCGCUGCCCGGCGCUGGAGAGGGGUCUCUGGACACCGGCUGGUCGCCGGUGGCCAUCCUGCCCGCCCCCUGCCCUGCUCCCCCUGGGGCCGGCUGGGUGCGGCUCUGCAACCUGCCUGCCUCUCUGCCCCCGGCCUAGCAUCACAGCAAAACUCAUCAACGGAGGCGUGGCGGGGCUCGUGGGGGUGACCUGCGUGUUCCCCAUCGACUUGGCCAAGACUCGGCUGCAGAACCAGCACGGGAAAGCCGUGUACAAAGGAAUGAUGGACUGCCUGACCACGACGGCGCGGGCCGAGGGCGUCCUGGGCAUGUACCGAGGGGCCGCGGUGAACCUAACCCUGGUCACUCCGGAGAAGGCCAUCAAGCUGGCAGCCAACGACUUCUUCCGGCAGCUGCUCAUGGAAGAUGGGCUGCAGCGGAACCUGAAGCUGGAGAUGCUCGCCGGCUGCGGAGCUGGAGCCUGCCAGGUGGUGGUCACCUGCCCCAUGGAAAUGCUCAAGAUUCAGCUGCAGGACGCUGGGCGCUUGGCCGCCCGUCACCAGGGCGCGGCCUCAGCACCGUCAUCCACCAGGCCCUACACGACCGGCUCGGCUUCCACCCACAAGCGCCCUUCUGCCACCCUCAUUGCCUGGGAGCUGCUCCGCACCCAGGGUGUGGCUGGCCUCUACAAGGGGCUGGGUGCCACUCUCCUCAGAGAUAUUCCCUUCUCCAUCAUCUACUUCCCGCUGUUCGCCAACCUGAACAACCUGGGGUUCAACGAGCUUACCGGAAAGGCCUCUUUCGCUCACUCCUUUAUGUCGGGCUGUGUUGCAGGCUCCGUAGCUGCUGUCGCAGUGACACCUCUGGACGUUCUGAAAACUCGAAUCCAAACCCUCAAGAAAGGCCAGGGUGAGGACAUCUACAGUGGGAUUGCCGACUGCGCCAGGAAGCUCUGGAUUCAGGAGGGACCGUCCGCCUUCAUGAAAGGAGCAGGAUGCCGGGCCCUCGUCGUGGCUCCUCUCUUCGGGAUCGCCCAAGGCGUCUACUUCCUUGGCAUCGGAGAGCGCAUCCUGAAGUGUUUUCAGUAGACAGGCCUGGAGCUCAGUCCCUGUGCUCGUGGCCACCUCUCUAGCCCACUCUGUUUAGUCUAGAGGGGAUAAGCACGAGACGGCCCACCCGCGCCGUAUCUUGUCCCCUAACUCGUAGCGCUACCUCAAUCUCGGAAGAAACAACCCCAUUCUAAUAAGCGAGUUGAGCAUAGCCUUAGUCUACAUUCAUUUCCUUUGGGGGUACAGCUACCAGGGACUUCCAGAAGCCCCUAAACUACUUGCUUUACAAUGACAAAAAUAGCACUUGCUUUGGAUGUAUUAAUUGCUGGACCUUAACAGGUAGCAAAGAUGGAAGGGUUGUUUCUAUACUUUAACAUUUCUGUUCCAUACUCACAUUCAGCAUACUUGAGCCCAUUUGAGGAUUUAGUUUUGUUAAUCUUGAAUUAAAUAACUUAGGGCUAGUCCUAGCACUGACUUUGGGGAAAAUGAGGAUCAGAAGUUCCAGGGGACCACGAAAGCCCUCAUUUGAAACCACACACGCCCUUCCACAUCCCGACGGCUGAGGGAUGAGGCUGGCUCCACUGCGCAGCCCGGGCCAAGUUGGGGCACCCACCCCGCCCCGCAUCCUCCUCCCGGGGCACAGGCUCUCGCAGCCCCAUCCCUCCCAGCGUCCAUGGCACACGAUCUGAAAUAAGGUUGAAGAGUUAAGUCUCAUCUAGUAAUCAGUGGGCACAGCAGACAGGCUGCAAUGACCAGCAUCUGUCACCUACCUUUCCAUGUCCACUUCAGAACAACCAGUUUAAGAAGAGCCCUGACGCAGGUCACAACCACGCUUUAAACUGUUACUUACGGGGACGGAGAACAGCCCUGGGGAUAUUUUAUUUCUAAGUUAGUUACACUGGGCUUUGAGUUUGGGCUCUAUCACUUCGUAACUGCAUCACCUUGAGGGAUGGACUUUGCUGAGACAGUUCUCCUCAUGGGCCUCAGGCAGAAUUCUGUCACACACGGGUCAAGUCCCAAGGAAAAAACACCUGUUGCAGGAGUUGGUAUUUACAUUAGUCUCCACCUACCUAAAACUUGGGCUAAUGAAGAAGAAGAUGGUGCUCAAAUGGUCAGCCUUGGUGGCCUCACUCUCUACUAAGAGAACUUUAGUACAGGCUCUCGACACAGACCCCACUCUGCCAUUUGGUAGCCGUGGGCAGCUUAGUCACCUAAGGAAGCAACAAAGCACAGGGAGAGGACACAGGGCCUCAUUAAGGAUCUGGGUCCAGCACAUGGCAACCCCCCCAAAAAACCACUCUGCCAAAACUAGUAAAACUCUUUCCUUCUAGAGGAGAGGUGAUGCCAAAGCCCCUGCGUGGAGGACAGUGAUGGGCUGGGCGAACACCAUCAGGGGGUGGUCUGCCAAAAAUGAGCAGGAAGCCCAGAGGACAACCACACGGUUAAGGGUUUCAGUACUGGCAGCUGUAAACCGUCAAAUGCUAUAAGGACUUGGAAAAUAUUAACAUUUCUUUUCUAGGUACCUCAGUGAGAACUUCACUCUCUCAAAUUUGUAGUACCUUACACAAGAAAUUACAAUUAAACCUAGCAUUCUGGGAAACUGAGGCGGGUGGAUGGUUUGAGCUCAGGAG